AUUGUGCGCAGCUACCACGUCAUGUGACUAGGGGUCUAAUUUACAACCGGAAUGUUUGUACAGAAAAUGGCGACAAAUACCCUGUCAAUAUUCAUUUGAUGUAUAAUUGAGAUGAUAAUGUUGUUUUCUUUGGAUGUUAUGAUUUGGUGUUUUAGGUGAUCAAUACACCACGACUUGUCUCGUAAUUCUGACAGUCCCUUGAACAACAUGAAGAGAGCGGCUCCAACUUCAGAGGAAGACUUGCCGACUCCAUCUGAACUCUGUGGAAUACACCAGUUGUUACCCACGAAGAACUUCAAAGUUGACGCUAUCAACAUAACUGAUAAAAUCAGAACCAGACAGCAACAUCCCCAUCUAACAGUUAAAACAGAUGCAGAAAUCAAACCCGACAGGACACAUGCAAACAUUACCUUCACCGUGUCGAAUGAUUUCGAUAUAAAGAGGAAACAAUCGGUGAAGGAUAUCCGUCAGAGGCUUGAUCUCAAAACGAAGACCAAAGACAGAUUCGGGGAUAUCGGUUUUAUCAUACAGUGUAUCAUAGUAUCGGUGGACAUAAGGCCUCCUCGGACACCAUUUGAACCUACAGCACUCUGCCUGGCAGAACGUGUGAGAGCAUUCCUACUUUAUGACGAUAUCACACUUUCCGACGAAACACAGACCCGUCUUCACGUGAAGAAGAAGUCUAUAAAUAUCACUCUUAAAGAUCGUCCUACUGACGGUCUACCCCUUGUUGGUAUUGGACAGGCCGCCUUCGCAUUCCAUGUUGGAAAAGUUGUGAUCCUUCAAGGCACGGCGAUAUCUGACUCAGUGACGUGCAUACAGUGGUAUAAAGUUGAAGAUGAUGGUACAGAACGCACGAUAAAUAUAAACAACAAGAAAUACCUCGGAGGUUCUCGGCAAUCUCCGUCACUCAUAAUUGCGCAUGCCACAAAAGAAGAUGGCGGUAUAUAUAUCCUCGAAGCUACAAAUGUCAAUGGCACAGUACGGAGUGAGAGGUCUCAACUCAUCAUAUUAGAUGCCGGAGAACAACUUGAGCCGUGGACAGACGAGCCGUCAAACAAUGAGAACGAGGAUGAUAGUGACACAGACAGUAGUAGUGAGGACGAGGAUGCCGACAAGUACAGCGUCCAUAUAAACAGUACGACUAACACUACAGACAGCUCAGUGCAAAAUUCUUCCCAGAAUGCAUCAGUGUCCGCUUCCGGUGUCAACACGACGGCGGACGGUGUAGCGGCAUCCACAGAGGAGGACGGUAAAAACAAAAUUACAGCUAUUGUGAAUGAGGCUGCGCACAUUCUUGGUGAGAAUUCGAGGAGUUUGGUGACGUCACUUGUUUCGCCAUAUGUGGACAAGACUGUGAGUCGCGUGCGGGCAGAGUUCGCGCCUCGUUUAAAUGAGGACGAUUCCAGUGAUGAUGACCAGGCCUUACUUCCGGAAUUUAGUUUGACGAAGGAGGAAAGUCGUCAGCCUGUAAGAACACGUAAAGACUCCGACGACUGUUCGCGGUAACGUUACAUGAAAAUCUGACCUAUUAACAGUGACGUCAUGCAAAGGCAGAGACGUCAUACAAGAGAUAGAAUAUUUUUGUUAAACUUUAGUGUAGUGAAACAAUAUUAAGAUUCUUACUUCGGACGUCAGUGACGUCAUAUAGCUAAAGUGACAUUUCAUAUAUAGGAUAUUCCCUUUAGCGGACGCAAAUCAAAAUGUAAUUGGAUUAAGAUUUCGACGUCGGGUCAAUUCAAAAUGACGUGAAACGUUGUAUAGAUAAAUUGGGGCUAUAUAGAAUCAUCUCGUUAUAUGUACGUGGACUGAUGCAGGAUUAAUAUUCUGACGUCACUUCUAUGACAGCAUAUAACUCAAAUCAUAAACGAUAUUCUCGUCACGUUCCGAUACCGUAUCUAAUCUCGGGAAUGGCAUAACAAUACUUGCGUUGUUCUGACGUAGUGGAAUAUUCGGCGUUUAGCCGUCACGAAAGAAUGCACCUUUUUGAAGUGGGAUGUGGUGAAAAGCUCUUAAAAAUGCUUAGUUGGAUUAUAUUAGCUAUCCUUUGUGAUUCCGUUUCUGUGUACUCUUAACAAAUUAUCAAAUGUUUUUUUGAAAAAAGGGUGAAAAUCAUGGAAAUUUGACAUUGACGUUAUAACAUGACUUUACUUUAUGAUUCGUACACAAGAACCCUUGUGAUAUGUCUAAGUGCUAAUUCAUAACAUUGGGGAAUUGGUGGAUAUACAUGUACGUUACUUCAAAGCUGUUAAAUUCCAAGGGACUAAUAUUUCGCGGUUGUUGUAGCUUUGCGGUCAUUAAGUUUCGCACAACCACGCCUUGUAAAUAUUCAGACGUAAACACUUCUGUACAGUCAUGUAUAUAUCAAUGUUCACUGGAUGCUUGUUUUCGCAUUGUUUUCAAUGAAUUGUGAAUACAGCGAAAUUUAAUCCCCGCGAAAAUUACCAACUAUACAGCAUUGAUGUUUAUAGGAUGUAAUGAUAUCCAACUCCUAUUGUUGAUGAUAAAUAUCCAUUACAAAACUAUGCAUUUAAAUAC